AUCUCGCGAUGUGAGGCUCAAGCGAACGGAACGAAGCGACGCAAGAUGUAUCCCUAGUUCCGACGUCAUCGCUUUUUCCGUGUUCGGCGCUCCGCUACAUCGAAAUUUCGUCCGCGUCGGAUCGCGCUGGGUGGGCUUGAUUAGUCGUAUACCUGAAAGCGCACAAGAGAAGCAUCAAUUCCAAAUAUGUCUGAAGCGGCAAAAAUGCCCUCGAACAAAGCACCCAACCUCACGCUCAUCGUGGCAGCAACAAAGAAUUUGGGCAUCGGCAGAAACGGAACGUUACCAUGGCGACUCAGAGCAGAAAUGCAGUACUUUGCACGCGUCACCACGCGUCUGCCGCCUCAGUUCACGUUGCGCGGCCCCGGUAAGGUGCAAAACGCUGUCGUAAUGGGCCGUAAAACGUGGGACAGCAUACCAAAGAAAUUUCGACCGCUGAAGGAUCGCCUCAACAUCGUCCUUUCAAGCCGUGCUGAAGUGGCAGGCGAACACAAAUUCAUCGAUGGUGCAUUAUGGCUAAAGAGUUGGGAAGAUGUUUUGAAUCUGCUACAGACUCUUAGGGCCGAUGCGAACAACAAGUCAAUGCUAGAUCUCCCACCAGUGGCGCGUGUCUUUGUAAUAGGAGGAGCAAAUGUGUAUAGGAGCGCACUUGAGCUUCCAGGUGGAAUAGCGAACCGUGUGCUUCUUACCCGUAUCCACAGCGAUUUCGAAUGCGAUACAUUUUUCCCCCUGGCACUGGACAGCGAAGCUGCUGAAAAACUAGGCUGGCAUCGGAAGAGCAACAGCGAGCUCACGACGUACAUUGGUGAGCAGGUGGACGAGGGCACAAUUGAAGAAGGGGAAACGGAAUUUGAAUACUGCCUUUAUGAACGAUCGCAGGCGAGCGAUUAGCCUCGAAAGUGGGAUAUUCCCCACGUUGGAUGAAGUUUUCAUAUCCUUUCUACGAGAUGAAUAUUUGAUUUCCAAGAUAAUCGCACGGUCACUGCAGGCCGCCAUUCUACUGCUGACGCGCUUUUAACAAUCACACAAAACCGACAUGAUUUCUCGCUGUGGAUUUAACAUUAUUAAAUGGGACUACGAGCUGGUCUUGCCCUCCUUAUCACCCACUGAAAUGUUUUUCAGUCUCGCAGAAAAAUGUAAUCAUCCGGUAGUUUCAACGUGCAGGAGUGUGUGGCGAACAGAUGCUGGACGUUGUGGAAACCGCAGACUUCAAACAAAACCUGAAGAUGCUGAGGACUCCAGCUGGAGAGAUCAACUUUGUGAAGAUUAGCCAGAUGAGGCAGCCUGGUCAAUGCGAAAUGUUGCAGCCACUUAGCCGGCCCAACCAAGUCACUUGUCAGGUUUGGACAUUGAACGACCAGUGUUGUAGUUGAAUCAGGUAGAAGGCCAACUAAAGCAUCCCAAUCUAUUUCUUGCCACGCCGAA